CGAGUCCGGCCUCCUCCUCGACCUGCAGGGCCCCGCGGCGCGACACUGUCCCUGAAGAGGAGCGGCGGCCUCCCGGCCUCUCCCCGGUCCUAUAGGGCCUGCGUUCGGGGGCCCCUUCCCUCCCCCGGCCCGCCAGCUGUCCUCAAUGUCUCCCCGGCGGGGAGGGGGCUGCCUUGGAGACGCGUUGAGCAGACCCCCCCGGCGGCCCCUCCGCAGCAGCAGCCCCAGCCCCAGCCGCCGCCGCAGCAGCAGCCCCCGCGGCGCCCCGCCCCCGGCCUCGGCGGCGGAGGCCUGGAGGAGCCGCCCCCCCGCCGCCGCCCCCCGAGCCUCGCAGCCCCCGCCGCCCCGGAGCCGCGGAGAGAGCGGCGGGCGCCCCCCGGGGAAGAUGAAGGCGGAGGGUGCAGAUAACUCCAUGAUCAACCUGUCGGUGCAGCAGGUCCUGAGUCUCUGGGCCCACGGGACGGUGCUGAGGAACCUCACGGAGAUGUGGUACUGGAUUUUUCUGUGGGCUCUCUUCUCUUCUCUCUUUGUCCAUGGUGCUGCAGGAGUAUUGAUGUUUGUCAUGCUACAGAGACACCGGCAGGGAAGAGUCAUCUCUGUCAUUGUGGUCAGCAUAGGAUUUCUGGCUUCCAUAACAGGAGCAAUGAUAACCAGUGCAGCAGUAGCUGGCAUUUACAGAGUAGCAGGGAAAAACAUGGCUCCCUUGGAAGCAUUGGUGUUAGGGGUUGGACAGACUGUACUGACAUUAAUCAUCUCCUUUUCAAGGAUCCUUGCAACACUUUGAACUUCUCACUUGAUAGAAGGAAAUGCACGCGCAGAUUCCCUGACAGUAGUGCCAGUAGCAAGUGGAUAAGAAAUUGUGUUGAGAAUGUGAAUUGUGCUCUUCAUGUCUGGAGGCCUUGAGCUGUGGGGAAAGACUGCCCUCUAGUGUCUGCGCCGCGGCACUAUUUACUGAAUCGCACCUUAUGUGCCUCUGUCCCAGGCAAGGUGCAGCUGUACCACUGGAUGUGAAAGAAGCUACAAGAAAACAGCACCUUGUUGUUUAGCUGCCAAUCAGGGUGAUGUGGGUGAUGAUCAUUAUUCUUAACAGUGUUGUGAUAAAGUACAGGGACAUUUCUGAAGAACUGAUAUGUGCCAAACUUGAAUUUUUUUUUUUUAAACAUUGAUCAUUUGGUGAUUUGCAAGUGUUAGAAGUAGGAUUGCUGUGAACAUAUUUCACAUGAAUUCAGGUAAAAUAGUAAUACUAACUUUUAAAAUACUAAAUCCCAGUAAGAAUGCUGAAUACCCAUUAAAUGUGGGUACACAUUACUUGAUUUUUAAUAUUGAGCAUUACUGAGAUAUAGGGAUCUAGUAUAACUGUCUAAGAAUAAUUGUGAUUUGCGCUAAUUUAUGUGAAAAAAUACUUAAAGGAAAGCUCUAAACCACUCUGAAGACUCAUAAAGUAGAUCUAUGUGGUAUAAUUUUCACUAUCUGAAAUAAAUCUCUUUUAAUGAUUUUCCCUAACACACAUAUAUCCUAUCUGUUUAUAUCCAGAAGUCAGAGACUGUUAGUCAGACAUGGAUUACAGUUUGUGUAUGCACAAAAAAAUAUAAUUUGAACUUUUUCUUAUAAAUUUUGUAAAAAAAAAAUCCAAAAUGCAUGUUGCAUACCCUAACCCUUCUAAAGAAAGUAUUUGCUAUGUAUCUCAUAGGAAAGCUUUUCUUUCCUAAUAUCACAGUGGGACUAUACUACUUAUUGCAGUUAAAUCUUGAUUUUUAAUAACAUUUUAGAAAUUUUUCAUUCAGAAGCACUAACUGUAAAGUGUGGCCUAAAUUAGGCAGUGUGGGGAGGGUAAGACCUCAUUAUAGAUGAGUAAGGGUGGGGGUAAAUCACGUUUGGAAUAUAUGGCAGCAUUAUAAUUCUGCUGAACACAAUAUUUGGAAUAUAGUUUCUCAGUAAUAGAAUUGGAAAUUUAUAUUAUUUCCAUCUGUUUAACCCAUUAUUGACUUGAGCUUGUACUUUCAGUGUGACUGUCAGAUGUUUUAAGAUUUGUUUCUUUUUUCAAGGAUUAAGGUAGUAUGCAUGUGAAACAUGUCUUUAGUAUAAAGUAGUUUAAGAGGCUUUAGAAUUUAAGUGAUUGUUUAUAGAGAGUUAGAAAAUAAGGAAAACAGGAACAUGAUAGCGUGAAUCUGCCUCCUACUGAAAUGUUCUGUACCAUUUACACUUAUGGAUGACUGAUGAUUUGUGCACAUGGAAGGAGAGGUAAACUUCAGGAAAUAAAAAAAUAAUAGACAAUCUCCCAGAUUAUUUAUGAAUUGCGGUUUAGCCAUAAUGUAGUUCAAGUUGGGUAUUAAGCUUACUACAAUUCCAUUCAAAACAGUGAAAAAAAUGUUAUUUAGCCUCUUCCUCCUCAAAUCCCAAGUAAUCAAAAAUCUUAGCAGAAACAAAACAAAAAUAGAAACUUAAUAGUUUAUGUGAACAAACGAGUUGUUGGGGUAGAGCUGUCUUAAUCCUUUAGUUUAAGAAUAUGUUAGAAAUGGAACAUAUGAGUCUGACUUACUAGGAGAAAUAGUUCAACAUAAUAAUACAUGUAAAUUUAUUUUGAUAGCUUGUUAAAGCUAUAAAGGAAUUUAAUGAUCAUCUGGGAAAACUGGAGUACUACAGAUGAAAAAGUGGAGUGACUGUUCUUGUUUGCAAUUACCAUUAGUGAUAAAGCCAGAACUAACCCAGGUCUCUUGACUCCUAGUCCAGUGUACCUUGCUGCCUCCCCUUAUAUUCUCUUAAUUUUUUAGGUAUAUGCCCUUUUAGGCACCAUAACCAAAAACAAUUUUUCUAAGUCCAAUUGAAAGGGAUUUUUUUUUGUUAUUCUGAAAAUUAAGGAAAAUAGGUUCCCCCCCAUUUUUAGUAAAUAUCACCAAUCAAAUUUUGAAAUUGUUUUUAAACAUAACAAUGAAAAUUAACUUGUUUUAAUGCAUUUUCAUUUUUAAUUUCAAGAUGAUCAUAUUGUAACAUGCUCAUUAAGGACAUAUGCUCUAAAAAUAACAAUUUUAACUUAGUUGAAUUUAUGAAACAGACCAAAGAGGUUUUUAAAUUCCUGUCUUUAUUGUAGUGUAGAUGUAUAAUUGGAUGUGUUGAAUGUAUAGGGAUAUUGUGGUCAUCUCAUUUCCAGGAUGUGUUAAGUGUGCUCUUCCUCCCCCCCACCUCCCCAGCCCCACUUAAUGUUUAUUUUGCUAUGUCAUCACUUGUGAUUUCUACUGUGAUUUUGCAUAGCCUAUGUUUUGUGUUAGAGCAGAUGAUAAGUGUGACUUUGUUAUUUUUCUGAUAGCCAUGCUGAUAGUUUUUAGCUUAGUUUGUCUCCCUUUGAGGUUUUAAUGUGUUACAUAAACAAUAUUAAGGCUGCUAUAGUAAAGUCGUUUUUAAAUUGUUUCUUAAACACAGGAGCAUGUUCUAGUGGACAGUUUUGACUAGUGAACCAACCAAUUAUGUUAAAUCAUUCAGACUUGCUUGAAUUUAGUUGAAAUGUUUGUACAGUGAAAACAUUUCCUGAAUUAAUAGUGGCAAGAGGUUUUUAUGAUAGAGCAAAAACAUCCUUAUUUUACUUGCUCAUAUAUUCAUUUUUCUACAGCUUGUACCUUUUAAAUUGACCAUCUAUGUUUCCAUUAUUCCUACUCUUCAUAGAUCUAGUUUGAAUUCUGUUUCUUGCACUUUGCACUCCCUUUUCACAAAUGUUUGGGAAAUAUUGUGAAAUGGGUUUCCAAUCUAAGCAGUUGAUGGAUGUCAGUCUUUCUUCUGACCCAUAGGCAAAGCUCACUGUAUAAAGUACAACUUAUUCAGUUUAUUGUUGUUCAUUAGGGCUGAUGCCUAAAUUAACACUAAGUAGUUAUAAAUAACUUACCCCUUGGAAAGGUUCUUUUUGGUUACCGGUGAUAAGGAAAGGCCAAAGGAUUUGUAAUAGUUAUUCUUUUUGUAUACUUUAUGGCAAACACAGUUCUAAUUCAGUAAUUUUUCUUUUCCUCAGUAACUUAUUCUUUAAGUGUCUAGGAUAAUGUAAAGAAAAGGACUGAUUACUCUAAAGGUAAAAAUUUACUUUAUUAAAUAGUAGAGUUUUCUUCAUAGUGAGGGUUUAAGAAAGUUAAAUGAUUUGUAUAACAAACUUCAUAGAAUUGUGAGAAUGCAAUGAGAUAGUUCAUAUAAAGCCCUUUGCAAACAAAACCUAAGGUGAUCUGUAACCAUCAGCUAUAAUUAUUAUUUUAAUUUGAAAAGAAAGGAAGUAUGCUGAUUUAUUAACCAACACAAUCACUUUAAAAGGGUAAAUCCAUUAAAAAUAUAACAAGAUAGUUCCAGAUUCUGAAAACAUGUAGAUGAUAUCCCAGAGCCCCAUGCUUUUUUUUGUCUAUCAAUUCUUUUUUUCUAGUUUUUUCAGUAUCAAAUAUAAUUCCGUAUUCUUAUUAUAAGAAGAUAGGGUCAUUGCCAAAAAUGAGUGGUCAUUCAUAAUUUCCAAGAAAUACCAGUUGAGUUCAUUGCAACUUUUCCAAAUCUAAUCACAUUUGUCUGUUUUCCUUUUGGUAUAUUCCUUGCACAAACAUCUUGAGAAGAAAAACAAUUUAUUUUUGGCAUUUCUCCUUUUUGGCCUCUAACACUACUUUGAGGGACCCAUCAUUAUCAGCAGAUAUUUCUUUAAGUUGAAUGCACUUUCAUUUAUUGAAUUUUUUUAUGUUUUGACUGGCUAGACAAAAGGUGAAAUAAGGUUCACCCCCUGGCUGGAAUAGAAAGAUUAUAGAAUUAGUUAAAUCUCACCCCUUUUUGCCCCUUCCAGGGUACUUCUCAUACUUUUAUCUCCUUAUCUCUAUUGCUCUCCUUCCUCUUAUAGCUGGAUAUACUGGGCUUUUAUAAAAUCACUUUAGUAUAACUGCCAAUUAUGAAGGAAGACAUGAGCAGUGAAUUCAAAAGAUUGGAGCUAUUCCUUCCCUUGAAUUAAAGGUACUUCAGGCUUAUGUUUGACAUUCAAAAGGAAUUAGAUAUUUUUUGCACAAGUAAUAUAACUAUUUUUUUAAAAAUUAAGUCUUAAAAGUAAACGUGAUUUUGCAAAUUUCUUUUACUUUUCUUUUUUUAUUUAAAAAGGCAACCUUACUUAAAGCAGUAUUUUGUCCUAAAUUGCAAAGAAUUGAUAAAUAAAUGCUGAGAGAAUUAUAUCCCAAAUAACAGUGGCACUUAAUCAACAUGUAAAUGUGGGUGAGUGAAUCCUUGUUUUAAUAAAGGAGGCGAAAAUUUUAGAUUGAAUGAAAAUUAUGGAUAGUGGCAAUGAACUAGUAACCAAGUGUUCUCAGAAUCUCAUCCCAUCAAAACUCCCUAAAAUUUUUGAGUAAAAUUGAGGGUAAAUGAAAGAAAUUAUGUGAGUAAAGACAAAAAAUUUCCAAAUAUUUUGUACCUUUUUUAUAGCAAAAGGAAUCAUGUCAUUUUGAUUUGUAUUAUGCAUGCACAAGUGCCACAUGUUGUACAUCAAAUUAAAUUUUACUUAACCUUUUCAGAAAGUCAAUACUGAAGACUUGGAUUGAAAUUAUAAACUUAAAAAUUGUAAGCAAUAGGAAGGAUCUUAGAUUAGCCCUACUUUCCUAUUUUGCAGAUGGUAAUGAUCUCAAAUGUUACAUUUCUCUUUGAUGGUCUCUCUUUGUAGGGAAUGCAGUAUUUUUUUUUAAUUGUCAAGAUUGAAUAUUGAUGCUGAUUAAAUUACUUGAUUUGGUAUCAACUUCCUUUUAGGGAAUGAUACUUAAUUUUUAUAAUACUUCCAUUGUAACUUAUUAAAUAUGCCAAUAAAUUUUACACUAAUUUAGUGAAAACACUGAAGUUGAUUUAUUGGCUGUAAUUUUCAUUUGCCCUAAAAUUAAGGAACUCAUUUUACUAUUCAUAUAAAUACACAAGUAUGACUUUUACACCCUUUGAUGAUAUUAUGAGAGUUAUUUUUGCUAUUACUUAAAAGUUCCCUACCUGGAAAUUUUUUAAAGUUUUAGUUAUAUGUAAUUAUGUAUACCACACAUAGUUUUGUUCAUGGCCCUGGUUUAGAAGAGUAUGCUCUUUUAGAGCCUUUUGGCUAUUUUGUUUUAGGGUAAAACGAAUACUGUAGGAAAGUCAAUUUUGUUAAAUCAUAUAUGUUUUUUUAAGCACUUUUACAUGUUAACCCAGUAUACUCUUGAUGUCAAAAUGACUACAUCCUUUUAAGGAAAUAUGUACAUAAGUAAUAUGUGACACCUAAACACAGAGAUACUACUUGUAAUGAACAGUCAUCUAAAAACCCUUUUCUUAUGUCUUUAAUUGCAUUAUUUUAUGUUUUUAUUUUCCCAAUUAUUACUCUAUAUUGGUAAUUUCUUUCUAAUCAGUUAUAACUUGAAUUCAGUUAUGCAAAUGUUAGUUUGAAAAUAUUACUGAUAAAUAGGAAUGUUUUUAUUUUGUGUGUAAGUGAAAUUGUUAGUAGUCUGUUGUCAUGUAUUUUGGAGAUGAAAUAUUUUCAAGGUAUCUUUGUAGAAAUCAAAUUAUAUUGAUUUCCUUGAAUUAAAAAAAAAAGAUUACUUCCUAAAUUGAAAGUUUUUUGAAUGAUUCUUUUAAAGAUAGCAUUUGUUUAUCUUUGAUAAAGUGCUAUUCUAAGAAGUGAUUGCUGGAAAUAAUUUUUAGAACUAGAUUUUUUUUUGUACUAAAUGAAUUUACCAUGCAGAAUUAAAAAUAACUUCCUUCACUGAGUUGCUACAUAAACAUGCAUGUAGUAUUCAAUAUUUAAGUGUUUGGAAUCCUCUAAAUUUUUCAUUUAGUAAUAUGGUUGAAUCCAGAUUAUUGUAACAGUAAUUGCUAGUCUUAGAUUUUAAUCAUUCUAGAAAAAAAUUAAACCUUAUAGUUUCAGUUAAUAUCUAUAUCUUUAAAUUUAACAGUGUGGAAGUGCUGACACCAUGAGUAAAAAGUUCACUUUAAAAACUAUAUUAAUCCUGAGACCACUAAAGAAUCAUUUAGCAAAUUAUAGUUCUGUUUUUAAAAGUGCUAAAUGAUGUCUUAGUGCCUUCUAAGAUUUAGGAUAUAUUUGCAAAGAAAAUUUACUGGAUUCAGGAUCAAGAAGGGAUUAAUAGGAUUUGCUCAAAUUACUGUGUUUUAAGAUAGUGUGGUGAAGUAUAAUAUCAAGAAAUUGAACCAACUCUUUAAAGAAUAAAAUCCUUGACAACUUAUACUAUUCUUAUACUCACCUAUUUGAUUUUGAGGUUGAGUUAUCUCUGCUAUCGUCCAUUAUUUAAAGCUUGUGAUAAUUGAGAACUAUUUUCUUCGAGGGCUUUUUUUUUUCUCUUUCUAUUGUGCUUUCCUCUACUAGGUUGAUGUGUAAGGGGGAAGAAUGUAGCCAAGAAAAUCAAAUGUAAAUUCUUAUUUUAUUCUUAUUGCCAAUGAAUCUAGUGUGGCAGCAUUAGUUUUAUAUUGAACUCCUGGGGCAGACAUUUUAUGUAACCCUUAGAAAUAAGUUUAUCAUCAGGGAUUUAUUUUUGUUAUAAAGAUUUUUAAUGUACUGUGAAGCUUAAGGAUAGGGACAAUAAAAGCUAGGAAGUAAUUUAAUGCUGUAAAAACAUACAUCCUUGGAAAUACCCUACAUUAUGUGAAAAUGGUUUUCCCCUCCUGUUAAGAAUAUAACCUACACUAUAUGAGUGUAUGUAUACUGCAUGUUUACAUAUACAGUUUCAGUUAAUUUGAAGGAUGGCAUAAAAUUUAUGUUUAUGAUACAUUAACUAAAGUUGUAAAUAUUGUAUAUUAUUGAUUUUUAAUUUUAUAAAAACAAUUUUUUAAUUUCCCUAUUCAUGUAUAAACUUCAUUAUUGUAUAUAGUAUAAUUUCUUGGACAAUAAAAGUUUUGCAGUGAAUUUUAUGUAUUUUAAUUUCAGUAAACAUCUUAGUAUGGUCUUAGCUGUUCAUUUUAAGUUCUUUGCACUCCCAUUUUCUUCAAAGGGCAGCAAUAAACAUAUGCAAAUUAUUUUGGUUAUAGAAAGUUGGUCUGCAAAGACAGGUUACAAGUUACACUUUAUUGCUUUAAAGCAAAGAUGCACAAUUUGUAUCACCCAAUGUCUAAUCAUGAGACCAUUUCUGGGAUCCAUAUAUGGUACUUGUCAUUUGUAAUAUACAGGGUGAAUUCUUUAAUAACAUGGACAAACAACUGUUAUAAAUACAUCCAGCACUUAAAUGUCAUUACAGAUUUAUUGGAUUAAAACUUUGUAAUAUACAGUAUUUUAAUAAACUUUCGGUAUUCAAUUUCAUGCACUUAUAAAUAAACCUGUCUUUAAAAGCCUUA